CUGUGUGUGAGGAUCAACAUGACGCAGUGGUGGGCUCUGCUCAUCGUUGCUUACCUGUCCGUGUACCUGGCAGCCGCUCAGCACCACAGGAGAGCUCUGUAUCCAUCCGCCUAUCGGAUAAAGCGAGGGGCGUAUUCGCUGAUCGACCCCACGGUCCAGCGCUCCGAGGAGGACGUCAACCAGCUUUUUGAGAUCCUGCUGGCUGGAAUGCAGAUCCCGGAUGGGGGUCAGGAAAUGCAGAUCUCAGACAAGGAGCUGGCCUCCCUGAGGAGCGUGGUGAAGCUGGAGGUCGUCUGCGAGGACGUCCUGCCCAAGAGGCUCUCGGACAUCCGGCGGCUGACGGCGGAGCUCGACCGGCGCCGGCGACCUCUGAGCUGGCCGGACUUUGAGAGGACGGUGCUGACCCUGGUGUACGCCGCUCAGACGCUGGCCCGGUCCAGCAGCCGGCAUCAGAGGGAGGCGUGGGCGGACGCCGCCACGCAGCUGUUCAGAGCCCUGCAGGAGGACCUCGCGCCCUCUUGAGGAGGAACGGGAAGAUGUCGGUUUUUUGUUUGUGGGGAUUUCCCUUGUUCGAGGUCACCGAGACGCCAUAUACUGUGUGACACUGCGUUCUUGACUCUGCGUCUCAGUUGUAUACAGACCCCCUACAUCAUAACUCUAUACAGUUUAUACUGAUUGUUACAGUAAUAAAUCCAUUUAAUCAACUCUCUGCUGUGGAAAAGUUGGUUCUGAUAAAAAAAAGAAAAAAGAAGUCAAUGCA